UCGUGGUUUACAUAAUCAAUAGCGACACAUUAUUCCGGUUUGAUACAAGGACAACCGUCGCGCGUGCUUUUCACUUCCGUAUUCGGAUUAGUCGUUCAUUGACAUUUGGAUAAACGAGGUUCGCGUACCGCGCGCACUUCUAUUUGGCUAGUGACUCAUUCGUUACGCGUUAUCAGUGUUGCGUAAUACUUAAAAAAUGACGACGAAACGAAAGAAAGUGAUUGUCUCAUUAGACAAAAAGUUGGACGCUAUUAAUAGAAUAGAUAAAGGCGAGUCAAUGAGAAGCAUCGCACAAGAAAUGGGUGUUGGUAGUUCAACCGUGUCCGAUUGGAAGCGAAACCGUAAGGAGAUCGAAGAGUUUUGUAAGAAAAUGGUGACCGCUGUCGGCUUGCAAGGUAGAGGCACUAUGAAAUCGGCAAAAAAUAAACAACUGGACGACGCAUUGUUCGCAUGGUUCGCCGAGGAAAACGCACGCGGUACGGUCAUUACAGGACCGAUUUUACAGAAAAAAGCGUUAAGUCUAAAUCAGGAGUUACCGAUGAACGAUCCCGGCUUUACGGCCAGCCACGGUUGGCUGGAAAAGUGGAAAACUCGGCACGGAAUUGGACAUUCGUUUGCGUGCGAAAGAAAAGUUCAAGGCGAAGCGAGUGUGAAGCAGGAAAUGGGGGUGUGCAAAAAUUUUAAAUUGGAAGAUGUAUAUUUUAGCGAGGAGAGUGAAACAUUCGUGACAGAUUCACAUGGUGACGACACAUCGGUGGAAAACGUGGUCGACUCCUAUAGCUGGAAUGUGGAAAAGGUGUUUAUUAACGAACAAAGUCACAGUGGAAGUGCCUUAGUAGCGAAUACUUCUGAAAACAUUUCAGAAGUUGUAACUCACAUGGAGGCAACGGUGCUUUUUGAUAAACUACUGAUCUACUUGCAAAGUCAGGGAGAUACAACGGCCAGAGAAAUGAGUGUAGUCAAUGAACUAAGGAGUCGUGCUGCUCGAAAAAGAGGGUUAAAGACAUGGGUUCAACAAAAAAUUACACAGUACUUUAGUAACAAAGAAGCCGUUUAGUCUUCUCCAUUGUUAAAUAAGUAAAUGUAAAUGUUGAAUUUAUACUUAGCGUAGGUAUAUAUUUUUAAAUU